CUUGCAGUCACGAAAGCUUCAAAUCUAGAAUGGUUGUGAAACUGUUAGCACGCUGGAUUUGCGAUGCAGGGAAGUUGCAGGUUUGAUUCGUUAUCUCGACGCAGCAUUUGAUAUAAUGGGCGCGUUUAUCAAAUUCUCCUGCCCCUGUCCACUCAGCAGGCUGGAAAGUGGGAGAGUAGGCCAGUACUCUUCAGAGAUGUUCUCUCGAGCUCCCCCGAUUCGUGGCCCUUCUGCCAGCAUAGGUUUCAGUAAGCCAUUCCAGAGCUGCACCUUCACCUUUUUGUUUAAUAUCAACAUGAUCAUAUCACGAACACAUAACUAUGGGGCCAAAGGCAGCAUCGUGACCGUACACGCAACUCUGAGCCUGCUUUAAAGAAUCUCCUGUUGGUUUUACGCAAGUGCAAACACCAUUGCAACAAAACCUGUGAGCACAUGGCAGGUCUUUACUCAAGUAACGGCAGUCCAAAUACUGAGCGGACGGAAUAAAACAGGUAUUGGAUUGUGAAAAUACAACAGCGCUUUCUGUCCAGGGAAUGGUGUCCGUGUGUUUAAAUAAAUACGGACGGAAGUAGCGUCCGACCCGGGUCUCCGUGAGACCUGUUGACGGACGUGUUGCGUGACCCAUUUUAGAGGUUUGCGAAUGGCCACAUAUAAAAGGGUGCUUGUGCAAGAUCAGUUUGUUUAUUAGCACCUUGGCAGAGCGGUGGACUGCACAUGUGAUGCCUGUGACAGCAUGUACAGCACGAUGAGUAGAGGUCCAUGUGAACGCUUUCCUAUGCCCAUCAUUGCCUGGUGUUUUCUGAUUUUCAGUGGUAAGUAUUAUUGUUAUGACAUCUACUAAUGAUAUGUGCUUGAGCACAUCCAGUAGGCCAAAAUAUUACGAAUGUUAGUGGUUCGUAUUGAAAUAUUUAAACGUGCAUUAAUUACCUGAGUCUUCAAUGCAGUUGACAAAUAUUUGUGAGUUGACAGAAGUUAUUUAUUGGUAGGCAAUGGGUAUCAAAUAAGGGUUGAUUUGAUGUUCUUAAAAUCCCUCAGUUUUCUCAGGCUCACCUAUUGUAACACGUGAUUUCCAACUGUAAGUACAAUAAACAUCUCUGCCCUCUCUGUUCUAAAGAAUGGCCAAUGCCCAACAUGUCAGACCACAAUGUUUUUCUGUUUUAGGCCGGUCCUGAUGACAAAUGUUCUGAGUUUUUUUGGUUUGUGCUUGUAAACCACUGGCAACACGUGGCCUUAAUGUUUUGUGUGUAUUCUCAUGGGAACUUAUAUGUUAAAUGCCAGUAUUCUGAAAUAGUAUACUUCAAACUUUGACUGAGAAUGUGUGUUUUUUUAUGCUUAGGUCUGUCUUCAACACAUGCUGUUCUUAGUGAUCCUCAACAGUGCCAUUGGUGGUCAUCUGGACUAUGAAACAUUGAAUCUAUACCAACUGACUGUGUCAGCUCAGGAACCAGUAGGGACAACGGUGAGCUCAAGCAUCUAUAUCAAUGUGACGAAUGUCAAUGAGGCCCCAACAUGCAAUGGCGUCUUCUCAGCACCAGGAGCUACGAUUCGCGUUCGAGAGGAUGAACAACCCAACGCGGUCAUCUAUCGGGUGCCAGCCACUGACCAGGAUGCAGGUGACACGUUAACUUUCACCUGGUUAUCAGUCGUUCCAGCAAGUGGUGCUACACGGCUACAAUUUAAUACGCUCAACGGUGUUAUCAGGGUCCCAGCCACUGGCUUCGACUAUGAAGUGGACAAGAAUUAUUUGCUGCAAAUUAUUGUCAAUGACUCAAAGGGCCUCUCAUGCAAUGGAUCUGUGUCAAUAAUCAUUGUGGAUUCAAAAGAUGAACCACCAGGAUUCACGGGUCCGGCUUCAACGACAAUUACAAUCUUGGAAGAGCUGCCCCAAAACACCUUGGUCACAACCGUUACAUCCAAUGACACCACGGUUUAUUUCGAGCUGGUGUCCCCUGCGGAGGGAUUUUAUAUAGAAUCCGCAACAGGGAAGUUGAAAACAGCCUAUCAGCUGGACGUGGACAACAAUCCUCUGCUCCAGAUUAAUAAUAUCGUGGUCAAGGUGACAAACUAUAUUUCCAAACUCAGUGCUACACUCAAUCUCAAAGUGAAUGUGGCGGACGUAAAUGAUAACCCACCUAUCUGCACGUCUUACCAUCACAUAUAUAUGAUUUCAGAAGGCGCUGUUGCUGGUACAAGUAUCACCACACUAACCUGUUGGGACCACGAUGUUACAUCCAUCAACAAUGCUCUAACGUACAAACUGAUUUCUGAUGUAAACGCUCUAUCCCGCUUUGCACUGACCGGUUCGACUCUUCAGAUUUUGACAAAUUUGAACUACGAUUUAUUUGCACUUGCAUUUGUGGACUUCCAGUACACAUUGGUGAUUGAAGUUCAAGACAUUUCACACACAACUAAUGUGACGGUCAUGGUGGUAUUGACACCGGUGAAUGAAUAUAAUCCGAGUUGCAACAUCUUACAAGCGUUUUCAAUCAGCGAGGACAGUCCCGUAGGGGCCCUCAUUGGUGCUCCUGUAUGCUGGGAUGCCGACUACCCGUUUAACAACCUGAAAUAUUCCAUUAUCAGUGGCAACACGGACAUACCCACGCCUUUUUACAUCAACCCCAAAAAUGGACAAAUAAAAGUAUUGAAUACACUUGACAGGGAAAAGAAAAGUUUCUACCCUAUGACUGUUCAGGUUGUGGAUUUGAACAAUGACAUAGCAGCAGACCCGUUGCAUCAGAGAACUUCAACUGUUGAUUUCAGUAUAUUUGUUACGAAUGUAAAUGAUGAACCACCGGUGUGCACGCCUGCAUUCUAUGAGCAAACCAUCUACUCCACACUGGCUGCCUUUCAGUCGGUCGUACAGAUGCAAUGCAGUGACUUGGACUCACUAGCACUUGACCUUGAAUACAGAAUCAUAGGAGGUAACACAAACGGCCGCUUUGUGCUGUCAAAUGCAAGACCACCGGCAGUAUUGACUCGUUCAAUAUUCAGUUAUUUUACUCUGGGUGGCGUCACUGACCCCAAAGACUUCCAGCUGCUGGUGUUGAUUGAAGAUGAGGCUACUAAUCCAGACAAGACGAGAAGGCUAAGCAGCACCGCCACCAUCCUCAUCCAUGUAGUGCCCUGGACCACAACCGUCCCCCCCCCUGCCACGGUCCUUACAACGAAAAUCAUCAAUGUAGUUGAUACAUAUUGGAAGCCAGACACUUGGUUUAUUGCCGUCAUGGUCAUUGCUGGACUUUUGCUCCUACUUACCAUCGUUCUGAUUUCAUAUUGCUGUUGGAAAAGCAUGCCCUGCUGUUGGAAGUGCUGCAAGCCCUCGCAACCCGUGGAUGAGAAACCCCUGCUGGAGGCUAACAAGAUGAAAGAACCUCACAACACACCAGAAGAUCCACCUAAUAAUAUACCACGAGAUCCAAUCAACUCUGAAAGAACAAGAGAAACGCCUCCACCUUCAUACGGGUUUGAUGGCAGAGCAGAAGAUCCAAGUUCAGGAAGAGAAUAUGUUUUCAACUCUGCAACUGGAGAAAGGCGCUGGCUUUAAAGUUUAAUUGGAAAAAAAAGUUAUCACAUUCGUAAAUGGAUAACAUAUGGAUUUUGUUGUGGCUGAUCAUCAUUGAGUGGUAUAAUCGUAGUGCCUUAUAUUUAUUGAAUUGCAUGCUUGCAUAGCUUCUUUUUUGUCAUAAUUAAAAAAAUGUUUUCACAUGGAAGAACCUCAACGAGUUCUGUAGGGUGUAUGGUCUACUCUUCCACAUUGACCUGAUGUAUUAGAAGAAGUGGGAGUACACAUUUUACUCCACCGCCUACAACCUACUGAUCGACUGUGGUGGACCCAUUUACAGUGAGGGAAAAAAAGGUGUUUGAUCCCCUGCUGAUUUUGUACGUUUUGCCACUGACAAAGAAAUGAUCAGUCUAUAAUUUUAAUGGUAGGUUUAUUUGAACAGUGAG